ACAAAUUCCCUAGUGACUCAGACCAGAGCAGAAAGACAGAAACGAGUGAUGAGCAAUGAGCUCUCAUCUCACUCCAGUCUGCGGCGGCGGCGGCGGUGGCGGAAUCGAUCCUCCGGCGAGGCGAGGUGGUCUCGACUAGAUGCAGGACUUGUCGUGUACUCGGUUACCCAUUCCUAAGAUGAUCAUGAUUUGAACGCGAGCGUUAGCAUGGAAAAUCGAAGUUCCAAAAGCGUUGAGCACGAAGUUCAUAUUGAUGCUGAGAGAAAGAAGGGAAGACGAUGGACUAAAGAGGAGCACAAACUAUUUCUUAUUGGUUUGGAGAAGCUUGGAAGAGGUGAUUGGAAAGGAAUUUCAUGCGAUUUUGUGACUACUAGGUCCCCAGCCCAGGUUGCUAGUCAUGCUCAGAAACAUUAUAUGCGACAAGCUGCAAUUGAUGAUAAGAAGAAAAAUAAGCCGAGUGUGUUUGACCUAUCUCUAAAUGAAGAUGAACUAGCUCCAAAGGAUUCAUUAGUUUCACAUACAGAGAAAAGUGGUAUUGAAAAGGCAUUAAAGGCUAGUAACUCCCAAGCUUUGGCAUUGGUGAACAAUAAUGAGAACCCACUAGAGGCUACUACAGCAUAUCAACAUAAUGUGAAUCGAUCCCCACAUGUUGCCUUGGAUAUUCCACCAAUUGCUCAAAUGCCACCCCCAGUAUUUGGUGCUCCAAAUUAUUGUAGGAGUCCUUCCACGGUGAAUUCCGCCAGUCAAAGUUAUUCAUCUUGGUUGCCUGGAACAUUGCAGAAUUCGGUAUUCCAUCACCACAGGCAUUCCUCGCACCUAGUCAUUCUCGAUUAGGUUGUACUAGGCCUUCAAUGAUUGCAAAAAGCAUACAAUUGGACUACCUCAACCUACAACAAAGUUAUCCUCUCAGACAUCUGCAACCAUUAGAGUGACAUGAAAAUUUUGAUGCAGUGAAACAUUUUUUUUUUGUGCAUUUUGAUUUAUCAAUUGAUGGCUAUAAUUCUUUUCUUUUUUUCAAUUUUUUUUCGGAGAUAUGAUAGAAAUCUUAUUUAAGAAAUCAAAUAAGCAUAUAGCUGUACUGAGUAUUGACCACAUCUCUAAUUUUUGAACUUUUAGAUGUUUUACACUAUCUACCUUUUUGUGAUCAAUAAACCUGUGGCAAAAGCACUAUUUACUAUUA